AUGAUGUUCGGGCAACCUGAAGUCAUCAUUCAGUCGCUAAUAGGGAAAGUGAGCGCUCUACCGGCUAUCAGGGAAGACAAGUUGGGCACACUGGUCGAUUUCGCCGUACACGUACAAAACUUCUGUGCCACCGUAGACGCGUGUGGACUGCAGGAGUAUAUGUACAACGUCACAUUACUUCACCAGCUGGUUAGCAAGCUACCACCAUCGCUCAAACUCAAUUGGGCGCAGCAUCGUUUAACGGUACCUACAGCUAACUUGGCGACUUUCAGCAGCUGGAUCUACGCCCUAGCAGAAGCAGCCAGUGUCGUCACAUUUCCGCCGUCGAUGCAGUCUGAAAAGCUUACCCAUAGCGAAGCUCGUGGCUCCAAAAAAGGUAAUGCGUACCUCAGCGCCCAUUCCGAGACACCGUCUAUCGAGGAGAAUAAAAAAACUUUGCUGAAGGAAGAUUCGACCUCAAAACCAAAUCCGGCGAAGCAGGGUUGCCCAAUCUGGUACUGCAACGCCAAGCCAUGCGGCAAAAAUGGGUGCACCUACCGGCAUCAUGAGCUGCUGCACAACGAUUCAAAGGCGAAGCCUCAGAACGACGCAGUCGUGGUCGAAAAAGGGAGUGGACCGUCCGCUCCACUCUGCCCGAGUCCAUCCGGUUGCAACACUCAUCAAUCGGCUACCAGCUCAGCACUAUUUCGCUAUCUCGCUGUCAUACUGUACGGGAAAACUAAUGUAGUUCACACGUACGCCUUCCUAGACGAGGGUUCCGAGCUUACCCUGCUCGAUCAAGACCUUGCUGAUGUGCUCCAGCUAGAUGGUAUCGAAAGACCGCUGUGUUUGCGGUGGACUGGGGGAACUGAACGCUGUGAACCGGAUUCCCGAGCCUACAAUCUUCAAAUCACUGGAGCCAAGGUGGGAAGCAAGCGGUUCGAUCUCAACGAUGUGCGAACGGUGAAGGAACUGAAGCUACCGCAACAGACGUUGGACAUGACCAAAUUUUGCGAGGAGUAUCCACACCUCCGAGACUUGCCGAUUGAUUCCUAUCGAGGUGUGCAGCCACGUAUUCUGAUUGGAACGAAGCACGCUCAUCUUGGCCUCGUCUUGAAAAGCAGGGAAGGAGAGUUUGGGCAGCCGAUCGCAGUGAAGUCACGGUUGGGCUGGACCAUCUGUGGAGGACAAGGCGAUAGGCGCGACGAGAAUCUCCACCAAACGAUGAAGGAGUACUUCUCACUUGAUAGCCUCGGAGUUACCAAACCGGACAAACUGCUGCUAUCCGUCGAAGAUCAACGUGCCCUCAUGCUGCUCAACUCGCUUACUAACCGUCGGAAUGAUCGAUAUGAGUCCGGUCUAUUGUGGCGAUAUGACGACACUCGUCUUCCGCAUAGCCAAUCUAUGGCGCUGCGGCGAUUCCAAUGCCUGAACAAGCGGAUGGAGAAGGAACCGGAGCUGCAGGCGACUCUGCAAUCAAAAAUAGAGGAAUAUUUAGCAAAAGGAUAUAUCAGAAGGCUCAGCGAUGAGGAAAUUGACCGGAAAGUGCCCCGCCGUUGGUAUUUACCCAUUUUCCCUGUAACCAAUCCAAACAAGCCUGGAAAGGUGCGGAUAGUGUGGGACGCGGCUGCUAGUGCCCACGGCACAUCGCUUAAUUCAGCCCUACUCAAAGGACCGGAUCUACUGUGUAACCUCCUCACGAUUCUACUUCAGUUCCGGGAACGUCGCGUCGGACUCACCGGCGAUAUCAGUGAAAUGUUUCACCAGGUGCAAAUCCGCGCAGAAGACCAAUUCUGUCAGUGUUUCUACUGGAAGAACAGACGCGGAGAAACGGAAGUGUACGCUAUGCAGGUGAUGACUUUCGGGGCAUGCUGCUCUCCAACCACUGCGCAGUUCGUGAAGAACACAAAUGCCGACCGAUUCACGAACGAAUUUCCGGAGGCGCAUCACGCCAUUAUAAAGUCACAUUACGUUGACGAUAUGCUGAUCAGCGUGGACUCCGAAGAUCAAGCCAUUCAGUUGGCAAAACAUGUAAGGCAUGUCCAUCAGCAAGGUGGAUUCGUGAUUCGAAACUGGAUCAGUAAUUCGAGAAAAGUUCUGGCAGCACUACAAGAGGUAAAUAUCGACGAGAAAUGCCUUGAUCUGUCCUCCGAACUAGCCACGGAAAAGGUUUUAGGCAUGUGGUGGAACACGACCGACGAUGUUUUUACCUACAAAGUGGGAUGGAAUCGUUAUGGUCCGGCUCUGUUAGGAGGUGAACGAAGGCCAACGAAGCGAGAAGUCCUACGGAUCUUGAUGACCAUCAAUGAUGUUCUUUCAUUAGGACAGAAAAACACCAUGCAGUUUAGCGUAUAA